AUGCGCCCUCUUCCUCGGUCGGCUCUUCGGCCCUAUAUCUGUCCAUACUGUCGGUCGGGGGCAGUUACACGCAGGAGAUUUGCGACUCAGUCCUCCUCUGUACCCGAGAUCUAUGAUGUAGUUUGUGUCGGAGGUGGUCCUGCUGGCCUGGGGCUGUUGGCCGCUCUCAGAGCUUCUCCAGCCACUUCAAAACUCAAGGUCGCCCUUAUAGAGACCCAGGAUCUAAGCAGAGCCCGCUCGUGGAAGCUCGAACCGCACCAGUUCUCCAACCGAGUCAGCAGUCUGACACCGUCAUCUGUGUCGUUCCUUCAGAGGAUUGGAGCGUGGGAUCAUGUCGACGCGAGUCGUGCUCAGGAGUACCAGGAGAUGCAGGUAUGGGAUGGAGAGACAGGAUCGCGCAUAUCAUUCGACUGGUCCAUGGAAACAUCUCCCUUUGAAAAUCUCCCCACUGUAGCGACGAUGACGGAGAACGCGAAUCUCGUCCGCGGACUGCUAUCGCGUAUCGAGGCAUCAGGCGAAGAGAAUCUAUCCAUCUUCUCAAACACAACGGUCUCGUCGAUAGAGAAUGGCAUUGACGACUCCAUGGGGCCGAAUCUGUCGGCUUGGCCGGUCCUGUCACUCUCUCCUACUGGCCCCGCGGGACAAUCCCAGACGCCUUCGCGCAUCGCAGCCAGGCUCUUGGUCGGAGCCGAUGGUAUCAACAGCCCCGUUCGUCGUUGGGCCGGCAUCAUGACGGAUGGCUGGGACUACGAUAGGCAUGGCGUGGUAGCCACCCUAUCUUUGUCGGAUCCAGUUUCGCCUACAUUUCCCAUCGGCACCAGUACCGCCUACCAGCGUUUCCUGCCAUCCUUAGGGGGUCCCAUUGCUCUGCUCCCUCUUCCCAACAACACCGCAACUCUAGUGUGGUCCACCACCGUCGAAAAUGCCGCCUACCUCAAGUCUCUGUCGCCUAGAGCCUUCAUCGCCAUGGUCAACGCUGCUUUCCGUCUUUCCAUGGCCGAUCUCAAGUACAUGAUAAACAUGGAACGCCCAGCAAACCCAAUGGCAGAUGCUGAGAACCCCCACGAAGACGAACUUACAUGGCGCCUGCAACAUACCCCUCAGCCAUCCCACAUUCCGCCUAUGGUCAACGGAGUUCAAGAGGGCAGUGUGGCCUCCUUCCCGCUGCGCUUCCGCCACGCAUCGACCUACAUCUCGCCCCGAGUAGCUCUGGUCGGCGACGCGGCCCACGUCAUCCACCCACUGGCGGGACAGGGUCUCAACCUCGGUCUCGGGGACGUGGCUUCCCUCUCCAAGACGAUCGAGUACGCCGUCAACCACGGGAUGGAUGUAGGUGAUAUCCUGACUCUGGAACGCUAUACCGCAGAGCGAUACGCCACUAACGCCAAGAUCGGCGCUGCUUGCGAUGUCCUGCACAAGCUGUAUAAUGUUCCUGGCCAGGGGCCGGUUACCUGGGCUCGGAGUUUCGGUCUCGAUGUCAUUGAUCGCUUACCGUUUGUCAAGAAUUUCUUGAUGAAAAAUGCACAGGGAUGA